AACAAAAGCCCCCUGGGAAACCCUCCCUACCGGUGGGGGGUAGUCAGUCGCUAUAGCAACAGCAACAAAUUAUUCAUUAUUUGUGAAGUUAACAGCUCAGACCACUUAAUCUACAAAGACCAAUUACUUACUGGAGGGAAUCGGGCCAAUAUGAAGGACGUGUCAUUUGUAGAUUGUUUCUUCGUGGGCCUUGCCAUGACUGCCUUUGUUCUGGCCACUGAGGAGAGAGUCGAUUGCCCUCAGCUAUGUGUGUGUGAGAUCAGACCCUGGUUCUCUCCCAGCUCCGUGUACAUGGAGGCCCCAAUUGUUGACUGUAAUGACUUGGGACUUUUCACUCUGUCUGGGAGAUUACCAACGGACACACAAGUGCUAUUGCUGCAGACCAACAACAUUGCAAAGAUUGAGAGACCUUUGGAUUACCUGGCCAACAUCACAGAGAUUGACUUGUCGCAAAACAACUUAUCCUCAAUGAGUGACAUCCACCUCGGGCGGCUGCCUCAGCUGCUGUCCUUGCACAUGGAGGAGAACUGGAUACGCCAGCUGCCAGAUAGCUGCCUGGCAGAGCUGGCCAACCUUCAGGAGCUUUACAUGAACCACAACCUGAUCUCCUCCAUCUCCCCCACGGCGUUCCAGGGUCUCCACAACCUCCUCCGGCUCCACCUCAACUCCAACAAGCUGCAGACGAUCAGUAGUGAGUGGUUCGACACCAUACCCAAUCUGGAAAUACUCAUGAUUGGGGAGAAUCCGAUCACCUCCGUUCAAGACAUGAACUUCAAGCCCCUUUGUAAUCUCCGAAGUCUAGUUCUGACCAGGAUGAACCUAUCGCAGUUACCCGACGGCGCUCUAUCUGGCCUUGACAACUUGGAGAGCAUCUCGUUCUACGACAACACCUUCCCCGAAGUUCCCCACGCAGCUCUGAGGAACUUAAAGAACCUAAAGUUUCUGGAUCUAAACAAGAAUCCCAUAGGGAGGAUACAGCGUGGAGAUUUUGCAGACAUGCUCCACCUCAAAGAGCUGGGCAUUAACAGCAUGCCGGAACUGGUCUCUAUUGACAGCUUCGCCCUCAACAACCUCCCCGAACUGACUAAGAUCGAGGCCACCAACAACCCCAGGCUCUCUUACAUCCAUCCCAAUGCUUUCUACAAACUGCCCAGGCUGGAGACAUUGAUGCUGAAUGGGAACGCGCUCAGCGCCCUACACAGGAUUACCGUGGAGUCCCUCCCCAACCUGCGGGAGGUGAGCAUGCACAGCAACCCCAUCCGCUGCGACUGUGUGGUCCGCUGGAUGAACAUGAACAAGACCAACAUACGCUUCAUGGAACCGGAUUCGCUCUUCUGCGUGGAGCCUCCCGAGUAUGAGGGCCAGCAUGUCCGGCAGGUCCACUUCAGGGAGAUGACAGAGAUCUGUCUGCCUCUCAUCUCUCCUGAGAGCAUGCCCGGGCACGUCAGCGUCGACAACGGGAGUUCUGUAUCGCUCCACUGCCGGGCCUUUGCCGAACCCGAACCGGACAUCUACUGGAUCACACCUUCUGGUACCAGGGUCCUGCCCAAUACCGUUUCAGAUAAAUACUAUAUGCACUCAGAGGGAACGUUUGACAUCUACGAUGUAACAGAGAACGAGGCUGGACUGUACACCUGCGUUGCCCACAAUCUGGUCGGCGCAGACCUAAAGUCAGUCUCGGUGGAGGUGGAUGGAUACUUCCCCCGACCUGCCAACGGCUCCCUGGACGUCAACAUCAAAUCAGUGCAGUCCAACUCGGUCCUGGUGGCCUGGAAAGCCACCCAUGGCGGUCUGGCUCCUAACAUAAAGUGGUACAAGGCUUCCGACCCCAACCACCCGACCAUGGCAUUCACUGCACGCGUACCGUCUGAUGUGAAAGUGUACAAUCUCACACAUCUGACUCCCGCCACCCAAUACAAGGUGUGUGUGGACAUCCGCGGCAUCGUCUACAAACACGACACCAAAUGUGUCAAUGUCACCACAAAGGGAUUAGAGCUGGUGGCCAAGGACACUGAAAAGUGGCACGCGGCAGUAAUUGCUGUCUUUGGUGUGCUUCUCGCUGUGAUUUCAGUGGCCUGUCUGCUUAUUUAUGUGUCUCUGAGGAACCACCACCUUUGUGGGGAUUUAAGGAAAUGCCACUCCAAAGUGUCAUUGACACCGGUGGCCGGCCUGCACUCUCCUUUUACGAGGCUGUGGGUCUCAGGGAACGGACUGCCAACUGCAGUGGAAGUGAAACCCACAGUCAUAAAUGUAUCUGACAAUGCCUUUUAAAGAACUAUACGCCCGUGGAGCUUACCACACAAUCGCAAAGAAUGGACAAAGCGUAUAAAAAGGAGAAACCUGCAGUAACUGUUUAAAAAUGUGCAUCGGCUUCCUUUUAGCUUUGACUCUGACAUUCUGGAAAAAUAUACACCAUCAUUGAAUUGAGGAGUAACCGGUAGGAGGGAGACAGACCACUCUCUUGGUUACAACAUAGUAUCUGACGUGGCGGCUUUAUAACAAUGCAAUUGCUUUAUCAAGCUAACAUCAGCAGGGAGACCGUUUUCCCUGCUCAAACUAACAGUUCGACAUCCCUGGGUUCUUCACAGAGUACAGAUAGAAUAAGAGAAUAUGAUGACGAUGGUGUUCUCUCUCUUGUAAUUGACUGUUAAAUGUGUUAAGAAUAGUGGAACUGUCCUUGUGGUCCCCAAGCAAUAGCGUCUGUGCUGUACAACAUCCAUAGGUGGGAUAGAGAUGACAACUGUCUAUAACGGAGGAACUAUGUAGUAGAAUAGACAAUAAUAAUGACUAUGGUGUAAAAGUUUUGAUGAAUAUACCCUUUUUUCUAUUUAGAAAGAGAGGAUUUUUGUUUUUUCAUUGAUAAAUUGUUAUAUAUUCUAUCUGCUAAUGUAAACAUAAAUCCUCUGUUGUAAUAUCUGGACAGUAAACUGGUGUGAUAUUAAUAAUGACAGACACAAAUUAAUCUCAUAACAUCAUUAUGCUAAAUAAAAUGAUACUGCGUAUGGGUACAGUA